UUACCAGCACAGUACGUCUAUUUUACAUAUCAAGUGGUGCGUCCAUCUAUAUUAUCAUUUAGAAAAGUUUUUACUAACAAAUAACAAAUUUCAAUUCCUACAAAUCGUGUUGAACAAAAUACCAAUGUUUUUCAAAAUAAUAUUUAUUUUAUUAAGUAUAAUAUUUCUAAGAUUAGAUGCGAUUAAAUAUCCGAAAGAUUUCGGUCCAGAUCUGUUGUCGGGAGAGUGCAAUAUAAAAUUUGAUUUUAUCGUUGUCGGUGCUGGUAGUGCUGGUUCGAUAAUUGCUUCUCGCUUAAGUGAAAUAUCAGAAUGGAAUGUUUUACUAUUAGAAGCAGGCGGUGAUCCUCCAGAAUCAUCGGAAAUUCCACUUAAAUGGAGUUUGGCACUGAAUACAGAAUACGAUUGGAAAUUUUUAACUGAACAAGAAGAUAAUUUGUUCAAAGGUUUAGACGGAGAAAGGUGUCAUGUACCCAGAGGAUGUAUGUUAGGUGGCAGUUCGUCCAUGAACGUGAUGCUGCAAAUCCGUGGCACAAAGUUUGAUUUUGACGAAUGGGAAAAAAUGGGUUGCACUGAUUGGGGUUUCGAUUCCAUACUACCAUAUUUUAUAAAAUCUGAAAAUUUUACCGACGCGUCUAGGUUUGAUCCAAAGAUUCACGGAAAUUCCGGACCUCUCACUGUCAGUCCAUUUGAAGCCCCAGAUCCUGCUAUACAAACAAUAUCUCAAGCAGCAGAAUUAAUGGGCCUAAAAAAUGUGAAAGAUUUGAAUACAAUAGAACGUUCAGUUGGAUACGCUAUGUCGGAUAGCACAACUCGGAAUGGUCUGCGGUGCAGUACGUUAAAAGCUUUCUUAAUUCCCAAUAGUGAACGACCAAAUUUGUUCGUAGCCAAAUACACCCGAGUCACAAAAAUUCUUAUCGAGAACAAAGCCGCGGUCGGUGUAGAGUUUGUAACAAAAACAGGCGAGUUCAAGACCGUAAACUGUACACAAGAAGUCAUAGUAUCUGCCGGCGUGAUAAUGAGUCCUCAAUUACUUAUGAUCUCCGGGAUUGGACCAGCCGAUCACCUGAAAGAGAUGAGUGUCGACGUGGUGGCUGAUCUCCCCGUCGGCCUUAACUAUCAAGACCACGUCGCUUUUUUCGGUCUUGUUCUUAGUGACCGUAAGGAUAGACCAAUCGCAGACAUCGUGGCGGAAAGUCAAAAACUUAGAAAGGAUACUUUUGAUUUAAUUCCCAAAGGUAUCAGUACAAUGGGGCUGACAGGACUUCUCAGUUUUGUCGAUACAAAACGCGCGUCUGGAAACCCUGACAUUGAAAUCAUGAAAAUAAGAUACUCGUAUAAUACAACCCGACAGAUGAACACGUUCAAGAACAUGUUUGGAUUUUCCGACGAGAUGGCAAAUAUUUACAAUGAAUUGAACACGAAAAGUGACAUAAUACUUAUGAUACCGAUUAGUAAUAUAAUAACCAAGACAGGACGUGUUUCACUAAGAUCGAAUGAUCCUAUGGCAACCCCAAAAAUUAUCGCAAACUAUUUAUCCGACCAAGAAGAAAUCGAUACGAUGGUGAGAGGUAUUGAGUUCGUGGUUGAAAUGUGCAAGACAAAACCAAUGACUGAUGCGGGAUAUGCAUUUGAGGAAAUAGUGUACCCGAAUUGCGAGGCAAAUUGCGAAUGGGGCACCAAAGACUACUGGAAAUGUGCUAUUAAAAAUCUAGCCACCUCAAUUUUUCAUUCGGUUGGUACCAACAAGAUGGGUGCGAUCAGCGACAAGACCUCGGUGGUCGAUCCUUCUUUUAAAGUGAUUGGCGUUGAUAGACUUAGAGUGAUUGACUGUUCGGCGAUGCCGUCGUUAGUGUCUUGCAACACUAACGCCGCCACAAUGAUGAUGGCUGAAAAAGGAGCUGAUAUGAUUAAAACCCAGUAUGGGAAAUGAGGUUAUAACUUUUUAUAUUUUAUUAACCAUAUAUUAGUUUUUAAGGUAUAUUUAUUUUUACGUUUAAUAAAUUACCAUUAAAUAAAAAUGUUCACAAUAUUAUCUAAUAUUCUUAAAAUAAUAUUAAUAAUGAAAAUAAAAAAAAACACUUUAAAUCUAAAUAUUGCAAUAAAAAAGUAUAAACUAUGAUUAUGAAAAAACCAAAUCAAAUUGUCAUUUAACGAAUUUCAAAUGAAUAAUCAAUUUAAUAUAUAAUAUUGUAUGAUGUUUUUAUUAAAUUUAUUUAACCAAUUCAUUGUUAUAAAAAUGUUAGUAAUUACUAAUUAGUUAUAAUAGGUAUGUUAUAUUUUGUGUACCACAGCUAUGAAAAUCCUACAAUUUACUGUCCUGUUUAUUUUUAAAAGAAAACAUUACACACAUUUUGUCAAUCUUUAAACACAGAAUAUUCUUGUUAUGUCGAAUCCCAAGGGAAACAGGACAAAGUUUGAGAUAUCAAAAAUUUCGAGGUAUCGAAUUUAAUUGAAAUUCUUAAAAAAUAAGUAAAUAAUUUGAUUGCUUAAAAUGCAUUGUAUGAAUACUUAAAGUACUAAUACUAAAUACAUAUCAAAAAACUACAAUAAUGAAUGAAUGAACUUUUUUUUAAAAAUAUCUGUCAUUACAGUUUGUUUAAUAUUACUUAUGUUUUUGUAAGAAUGUAAAAAAUAAUUGUAAAGACAUUUUAAUUUACGCUUAUUUUUCAUUUCAAUAUAUUUUAUACGAAUGACUACAAA